CGUUUACGUUUCCGUUUACGUUUCCGUUUACGUUUCCGUUUACGUUCCCGUUUACGUUCCCGUUUACGUUUCCGUUUACACAGGACUCAUUCAACUCUUCGGGCGUGGGAUCUAUGUUUAGCUCAGCCAGCUUGUAAAUGGCAUCAUAUACGGAAUCUGCUACGAUCUGGUUACCAGGAACGGACACGACAACUAAAAAUCUUCUGAAACAUCCGGAAGUCAAAGACAUUGUAACUAAGGCAGUCGCAGGUGUUGAUGGCGAUGCCUAUAUAAUUGGAGAUUCUGAAUGGGCGGACGGCACACAAUCUGAUGUACUAUACGCUCCCAAGGAUGAAUCACUUAGGCAUGCCCCAAUUAUCGUUGAAGUACAGCAUUCAGUGAACUUUGCCUUUGUCAAUCGAUCAAUCAGGUAUUGUACCUUAGCUUAUCAGAGGUUCCAAACAUUACCUGUAUUAGUUGUUUUUUGUAUCAAUGCAACAAGUGGCAUCCCAAUUAAGCUCCUUAGUGGGUACUGCAUUACCUUGUUGGUUAUAAAUUAAUAUUUGUUUUAUUAAAGAACUACUAAUUUUUUAUAUCUAAAUUGAAUUUUAUAAUAUAAAUAAAUAAU